AUGGAUGUCAGAGACCGCUUCAGUGAGCGGCAGUCUGCUUUCAGUGAGCUGCGAAGAAAGAGACCAGAUUUUGGGCUCACAGACUGGCCGGAACCGAACGGUGAAAAAAAGUCAUUCAAUUCUCGAAGUUUUACGGAUUCGGCAGACACAUAUGAUGACUCUGAGGGAAAUUCGUCAAGGUCUAAAGAGCAAUUACCUCUCAUUUCCACGGACGUACUUGAUGUACCAAGUCAAAGACUAUUGGUUACCUCAAUUUUCUUCAUUCUUCAAGCGUACAAGCUGUACGACCUGAUACUACUGAAAACCGGUCUGCCGGUCUCGGGGGUACUGCUAACAAGCUCGCGCUUCAAUUUUAUCACGAAAUACUUCAUAAUUGACUCGCUGUUUUUGUAUUUCCUGCCAAACUUAAACAUUCCGAAAUUGAACUGUAAACCAACUAUGGUAUUGAUACAGAUACUAAUAAUGACAAGUUUAACGGUUUUCUUGUCGAACGAACAGAGCUUCCCAUUUUUGACGACCUUAAUGGCAGCCUGGACUAAAAUGGGUUCAAAACAAUUGAGCCUCGCGGGCGGCUCAGUUAACCAACACAAAAUCCACGAUGCGUCCUCUCACUUCAAGGGAGCGCUCACCAUCAAAAUAUUGCCCGAAAAUACUGCUAUCCUCAAUCCGUUCCACGAUUCGUUUUGCAUGAGUAUGAAUGGAGUUAAUGUCGAUGAUCUUCAAAUUCCUCUACGUAUUAAUUCCACAUCAGAGAUAGAGUUCGUGCAGCUUGAAUAUCGUGAUUUAACAUCCUCUAACCCUCAACUAUUAAACUUUACUAAAAAGCAGCUUGUAGAGGCUCCCAGAGAACAUCACCUAUUUCAAAGGGAUAGGGCCUCCCAUCAUUCAUCGAUUCGUUAUUUUGCUCUCCCUGUGGAGCAGAUUGGAAUGUACCGUAUUAAAGUAAUAACAGAUUCCAAAAAACUAAAUUUGAGACUUUAUAAAUCCGAAGUCAUUAUUCCUCACUGUCCGUUUGGUGUCAUUGCAGGAUUGGGAGACUCGGACCGCUGUAUCGGAGAAUCCAGCAAAGUUUCUAUUGAGGUGCAUGGUGUUCCUCCAAUGAAGCUAGAGUACACGAGAUCUUUGGGAGGCGAAGUUUCUCGUUUUGUUGACACUAAUCUGCUUCCUGAGCGCUUCGAAUCGCCUCUAAUGUUUAACCAAAAAUCCCUGUCCGAUGAUGCUCUUGCAAACCUCAAAUGGGCCAAUACUUAUUCCGUCGCUAUAAAUCUCGAAUCCACACUGAAAGACGAUGGUAUCCAUGCGUACUCGCUGGAAAAGGUAAUAGACGGCUUCGGUAACGAAAUUGAUUUCUCAGAUCUAUCACCAAGUCUAAAAGACAAAUAUGGUCUUGCAUAUACCUUCAACGUCCACAAUCUUCCAAAGGCUACUUUAGACUCUAAGUUUGACCAUAACUCACCCACUAAAAGAAGUCUUGUUGUCAAGUUUGAGGAUUUGAAGGAUUGGGAGGAUGGAGCUCCUUACAAGGCCUUGCUCAAAGUCUCCAACGAUACCGAGCAAAUCACGACUCUAGAAUAUGAUUUAACCAGACCUAUUACGGAAAUUCCAAUUGCAUUCCCAGGGACGUAUAAUUUAGAGUCAGUUAGUUCUAGGUUUUGCGCGGGAGUUGUAGUUGACAAAUCCAAUAUUCUCGUUACGAAGCCUAUUCCUCCAAGCUUGGAAGUAGUCUCUACUCCGAUAUUGGAUGAAUGCGUUGGCCAAGUGGGUUUGAAUUUCGAUCUCACCUUCACCGGUGUUCCUCCGUUUUAUUAUCGGACUAAAAUUUACAAACUCGAAGGCAAAGAGAGAAAACUUCACGAUUCUAAAAAGUUUACUUCUCAAGGAACCAGAAAUCAAUUUCGCUAUAGCCCCACCAUUGAGGGGCAUUACGAAAUUGUUUUUGAUCAAAUUUCCAACACGCUUUUCACAAAAUCCAUUCCUCUAGUACCAUCACAAGAUUACACAUUUAAAACUUCUAUGAGGGUUAAGCCUGAUGCAGCAAUAUCGUCCAAGUAUACAAACCAGCUAUGCCUGAGCAGCCAAAGUAAAAUCCCAGUCACCUUCAAGGGAGAGCCACCUUUUGCUCUUAAUUACGAUAUUUUGGAAACUUCCACUAAUAAGCGGGUGACAUAUUCUUUAGAUGAUAUUCAAAGCUACCAGUACGAUGUUGAAACUCCGAAGUUCGAUGUUGGUGGAGAUUACAUUCUUUCGCUUGUUUCAGUCAAAGAUUCAUCUGGUUGUGCCGUAGGGAUUAGUUCAUCAGAUGCUCGAAUUGAAGUGCGCCGUGAUGUUCCUUCGGCUGGCUACAACUCUUUUGAGCGUACCAAUCAAGCUCUGAUCAAGGAGGGGGUUUCUGCAGAGCUACCAAUGAGCCUUUCGGGAAUCGCCCCCUUUACAAUCACCUAUCAACAUCUCAAUAAAAAAGGGGAAGUAAUAGGAACUCAUGAGGCCAAGUUUUUGUCGAGUUAUAAAGCCAUGCUAAAAGUGGAAAAAGAAGGCACCUACAAAUUGUUAUCAAUGAAAGACCGAAGUUGUCCUGGCCAAAUUGAAGCUAACAAUGAGUUUGGCGUACAGUUUCUGAACAAGCCUAGCUUUAAAGUGCUGGAACACAACAAAUUGACAAAAAUUAGUGACGAAGUAUUCAGCAAGAAUGAGGUUUGUGAAAAUGUUGAGGAGACUGUCGACUUAAUUCUUACGGGUUCCGCACCAUUUGUGGUUUCGUAUGAACUCCUCUCGCCCAGUGGCCAGGUAUCUUCGAAAUCCAUGCAUGUCGCUACGAAAUACGCAACGGUUCCUUUACCUAAUGAUAGGGCCGGUCAAUACACCCUAAGAAUAAAAGGGGUCUCGGACUCAAACUAUUCCGAAAAGGACCUGACCCGCAUCGGAUUCGCGACCCAGGAUGUGGUCAUCAAACAAAAAGUGAGGUCAUUGCCUGACGUUCAAUUUUCAGAACCGGGCAAAACUUACAGGACGUGUUCUGCCGAUAUCGACCACAUCGCUGACCUGGAAAAAAUCGGCCUCUAUGUGAAGAAAGGACAGUACCCAUUGUCGAUAUCGUUCAGCAUUUAUCAUGAAAGUACCAGUAAAACGGAUUACGUUAAAGUGGAAAAUGUGACUAAAACUAAUUUCAACUAUACCAAGCUUUUCGAAGGAUUAAACCUUGGGAAUCAUAUUGUAACUAUCGGAGAAGUGGUAGAUGCAAAAGGCUGUGUUUCCGAAUAUAAAUCGGAAAAGAAUCAUAUUUUAAUUUCUAUCACCGAUGUUCCUCGCAUUUCUCUGGUGGAGCCUAACAUGAACUUUUGCGUGGGAGACUAUGUGGCUUAUCAACUUGAUGGAAUGGCGCCGUUCACGAUAAAAUAUGAAUUCAACGGUGUAUCACUGAAAUCCAAGGAACGCACCUCUCAGUUCAUUAGAUUGGCUUCCGAACCUGGUACCAUUUCUAUCAACUCAUUGCAAGAUUCGGCCUCUCAAUGCGUUGUUAACUUCAUGAAACCUGGAAUGGAGCGCCACUACGAGGAACUAUCCCUGGUAAUACAUCCAGUACCCUCGGUAACUGUUUCCCGCGGGGACUACAUCGUGGAAGAUAUACACGAAGGCGAUCAGGCCGAGCUGAUAUUUAGCUUUGAAGGUACGCCUCCUUUCUCUCUCACGUAUGUCCGUACCGAGGAGACAGACGACAAGCGGGGCAAAAGGAGACCUCGGAUUGUCGAAACCCAUAAGGUCAACGAUAUUUACGCUUACGAAUUCAGAACGUUCACAAGCUUGCAAGGUAGGUAUGAAGCCGUCGCAAUUUCCGACGCAUACUGCUUUGCUAAAAAUGAUGCAUACUUUGCCUGA